ACGAUUAAUUUAAAGCCAAAUUGAGAGAGUCCUCAGAAUGUUUUGGUCAAAAUUAUGGUGGCCACGUCUCGCAAAAAAGAGAACAUGAAACGUAGAAACAAACAUGGAAGAGAAUGGAAAAGAAAACAAAUCCAAACAAACAAUCAUUGCAGAUUUGCUUUAUUUGUCAAUAUUUCCUUUUCUCUUCCAUAUAUAUCAAUCGAUUAAUUGUUAUCGAUCGACUAUAUAUAUGAAUCAAGGAUAAUCUUUUAUUUCAAGAUAGCGAUACGUUCUAAAAUAAGUGAAGGAGAAGCUUUCAUAUGAUCUUUUUGUUGGGAGAGCGUGUUCAUCGUGUAUUGAAGGACAAAAUUAUAAGUUGAUUUUGGGGCUAUUCUAAUUAGAUUAGCUUAUUGGAGUGACAAACCAUGGGGAAGCCAACUGGGAAGACGAAAAGUAAUGUAAAAUCAAAGUCAAAUGAUGGAAAUGUGAAGCAUAAAUCAAAAGCAUUUGAUGAGGACACAGCUGUGUUUAUCAAGAUGUCUAAAGACCUGAAGGAAGAAGGGAACAGGUUCUUUCAGAAACGCGAUCACGAGGGAGCCAUGUUGAAGUAUGAGAAGGCACUCAAAUUGCUUCCUAGGAACCAUAUUGAUGUUGCCUAUUUGCAUAGCAACUUGGCUAGUUGCUACAUGCAAAUGGGGCGUAGCGAGUUUCCAAGAGCUAUAAAUGAAUGUAACUUGGCACUUGAAGUUGCUCCCAAGUAUAGCAAAGCUUUGUUGAAGAGAGCAAAGUGUUAUGAAUCAUUGAAUAGGCUUGAUUUAGCUUUAAGAGAUGUGAACCAUGUCUUGAGUAUUGAACCUAACAAUUUGACUGCUUUAGAGAUUGCAGACAAGGUUAAAAAGGAAAUAGAAGAAAUACUUAAAGUUGAAAAUAAAAAGUUAGUCUUACCCCUUCCAGAAUCUGCCAAUGUUGUGAAGGAUAACAUGAAAAAGGAGAAGAAGAACAAUAAAUUUGAUAGAAAGAGGAUAGUUGAGAUUAAGGAAACGAAGAUUGAUGGAGUCGAAGAAAAGAAGGCCGAGGACAAGGUGGUAGUGGAGGAGAAGAGAACCGUCCAGGGAGAAAAAACAAUGACAAGAACAGUGAAGUUGGUUCUUGGAGAGGAUAUAAGAUGGGCACAGUUACCAGUUGGUUGCAGUAUUCGACUUGUGAGAGACAUAGUUCUAGAUCGAUUUCCAAAUUUGAAGGGCGCACUUAUCAAGUACAGGGAUCAAGAAGGUGAUUUGGUAACUAUUACAACUACUGAUGAGCUCAGGUUGGCUGAAUCAUCUGUUGAUCUUCAAGGUUCUUUAAGACUCUACAUCAAAGAAGUUAGUCCAGAUAAAGAACCUAUGUAUUUGAGGGUUGAUGAAGAUGAGAAAUCGAGCAUCUGCAGAUCAACUAUAGUAAAAAAGGAUGGGGAACUGAAUGAAGGGCCAAUUUGCCCUGAGAACUGGUUUGUCCAAUUCACAAGGCUAUUCAAGAACCAUGUUGGAGUUGAUUGUGACUCGUAUCUGGAUCUUCACGAGACAGGAAUGAAAUUAUAUUCAGAAGCUAUGGAGGACACUGUUACAAAUGAAGAAGCAGAAGGGCUUUUUGACAUUGCUUCAGCUCAGUUCCAAGAGAUGGCAGCUUUGUCUUUGUUUAACUGGGGAAAUGUACACAUGUCUAGAGCAAGAAAAGAAGUAUUUUUCACAGAAGAGGGUUCUGGGGAGACGGUGUCGGAGCAGGUUAGAUCUGCAUAUGAAUGGGCAGAAAAAGAAUAUGAAACUGCAGAAAUGAGGUAUGAAGAAGCUCUUAGAGUCAAGCCAGAUUUCUACGAAAGCCUUCUUGCACUCGGUCAGCAGCAGUUUGAACAAGCAAAACUCUCAUGGUACUAUUUGGUUGGGAGUAAAGUUGAAUUAGAGACAGGGACAUGUGCAGAGAUCUUGGAGCUAUACAACAAGGCUGAGGAUAGCAUUGACAGAGGGAUGGAAAUGUGGGAAGAGAUGGAAGAACAACAUCUAAAUGGACUCUCAAAAUAUGAGGAAUAUAAAGCUCAAUUGUACAAAAGGGGGUUGGAGGGUAUACUUAAAGAUAAAUCAUCUGAAGAAACUAAAGAGCAGACUGAAAACAUGAGGUCUCAGAUUUACCUGUUAUGGGGAACCAUGCUCUACGAACGUUCCGUGGUGGAAUUUAAGAUAGGAUUACCAACCUGGGAAGAAUGUCUAGAUGUUGCAGUAGAAAAGUUUGAACUAGCUGGAGCAUCACAUUCUGAUAUUGCAGUCAUGAUAAAGAACCACUGUUCCAAUGAAACUGCUCUCGAAGGGUUCAAAGUUGAUGAAAUUGUACAGGCAUGGAGUGAGAUGUAUGAUACAAACAGGUGGCAGACUGGGGUGCCAACUUUCAGGCUAGAACCAUUGUUCCGCCGUCGAGUUUCAAGCCUUCAUUCUAUACUGGAAAAUAUUUGAAUUGCAAAGCUAUGAUACAUUAAAACAAAGACUAUUGGUAUCACCUCAACAAGUUCAUGCAGUGAUAUACUUCCCAAGUCAAUAUAUUCUUUCUUGUGAGUUAUUGUCUUCAUGUUCUGUUAUUUGCCUUUGCUGAUACAUCGCUGAGUUCCAUCUUUUCAAGAGAUUUGUUUGUUCUACAUGUGAAGGUUUCUGUACCAUCAUUGGCUUUUACAGUUUUUUGUUAUUUUUUGUUAGAGGACCCAUGCAAAUUAGUUGCAUUCAAUUUUCACAAAACUAGUAAACUGUAACAUUGAAUUUGUAAGUCUGUUGUAUAUAGAAAAUUGCACUUUCGGUUUU